AUGCCCCAGAUCUGCGACCUGCUUGCCGGACAGCGACCAGAUGCAGCACCUCUCUUCUGGCGCCACCCGCGGGCGCGCUUUGCGGCCGUGAGCCCACGAUGUGUUACGCAGCUCUGCCAGGAGAACAGCUGCAAGACUCCACGAGACCUGCUCCAUGCUGGCUACGAGUACCUGGCUUGUGAUAUCGAGGCGCAUUUGUCCAACUUUGCCUUGGCAGGUUUCGCAGACAGAGGCCUGGCAGAGCUGACCAGGUGCCAGAAGGUGCUUCUCACCUUUGCCAAGGCGUUCUGGCCCAGGGCGCCGCAUGUUCUUUUCGUGUGCGACCCGGGCUCUUUGGGCGCGGAAGGUACCGCCUUGACCCAGCUGAUGUGUGCGUUGGGCGCCUGGUCCGGUGGCGUCCUCGUAGCCGGGCCGGACUCGGCGCUGCGGGAGGUGGAGACGUGGGAGAGGUGGUCGCUCGCCUAG